AUGGCGCGAACCAGGUCGAAGAUGCGCCAGGGCCGGGCACUAGCAGUUGAUUCCCUAUUCUGGAAUCGUGAAGCCUCGCGCGAGAGACGGGUAACGUACAUGGUAGUCAAUGGGACCAAGUGGGCCAAUACAAUGGCUCCGUUGCCGGAGCAGCUGCCCGACCGCGAUGGCUCGCAUACGCAGUGCUGGCACACCCAACUCCAUAUCGAGUCUCAUGUCGCGGCCAAGCCGAUCCAGACGACCGAAACCCCAAAUGCCGUCCCGCGGCAGACGCAAAUGGGGCUGCCCCUCGCGGUCGAGUCUCGCCUUUCUGCGGCUGCGAGUUGUCGCCGCCAAAAGCCGAACGAAACUCGCGCCAAAGUAGGACGACGGUCGGUGUUUACCUCGUUGCCUCCGAGUUUCGGUGCUCAGGGCCCGGAGAUGCUUCUUAUCUUUCGGCCGAAACGCGGCGCCGACACCACUCUGCCUGCCCCUCCAUUUAGACUGAUCCCGCGGUUUGCUAGUCCUCAGCUUACAGGACCAUUAGAAAGUUCACAUGUCCCGGUCUUGCGCUGCAAUGGAAACUCUUGCCUCUCCCACACCUCAUCCUUCGGUCGUAUCUUCGUUUCACUAUGUCCUGCCAGCCAUUCACGACCUGCACCAAUCUCCAUGAAGAACUCAUCGCUAAACGUCCUUAGCACCCUCCAUGGCUGCUGA